AUGUAUCUUCCAAAUUUCAGAUGUCAACUUCGGCUCACCGGCAACGACUCUCAGUGGCAAUGUAUGGACAAUGAACACUUCAAUUACAUCUACUGCGGACCAAACACAACCUUGGAUCGGAUUUAUAUUGGCAACUGGGGAGGCUUAAGCUUUGCACGAGCAUCACUGGAAUUGGAUCAACUGCCAGUGAAAGAUGCAUCCAUACUACGUAAUGUUGAAAUCGUUGGUGGUGGUUCUGGCCACAAUGACAGUUUGCAGUCCGCUGGAUUACAGUUAUUUUAUCGUUCACCGCUGAUAGACCACGUGAAUGUAACCAACAGUAGUAUGCAUGCGAUACAGGUGUUGUCUCCUCGUGAAAAGGUGAUUCUCAAUAUGGUGAAUGUCACAAAUAACGGUGGUGUGGGGAUCAACAUCAUGACAGCCAGUGUGCAAGGCCCUACCACUAAUGCAGAGACUCCUUUUCAACCGCUUCACAUACCGUACUACUCGCAAGGAAUGGUUGACAUAUGUGCAGCUGAGAAAAUGAUGCAAAUCAGCAACAGGGUUCCUGGAAGGAAAGUCGCGUUCCGAUUCCUCCAGGUGAAUCUUUAUUCCGCACCAGCAGACCUGGGCCGAUCAGAUGCUUUGAGAAUAUACGCAUCGAUCGCUUUCAUGCCAAUUACACUCCUGGCCGAGUAUAGAAUCGAUCGCGACUCAACGCCGUUUUCAAAAGCAGUAAGUGCCGAUGUGUUGGCCCUACACUUUCGUGGAACAGCAGCCGAUGGCGAAUAUGGUUUCAUCGCGGAGAUCUCAAGCAUUCCUAGCUCUCCCGAUUCAGGUACCGUGGAUCAAGUGAUAGUCCGAGGAUCAAGGGUAGACAAUAACGAUCGAGGAGCUAUUGUUUAUCAGAAUGCCGGUGAGAUGAGUCCUGCCGUAAUAAUCGGUGAGUAG